CAGUCCCACCACCAUCCCAAACACUAGCCUUCCUUUACCCAUUUCGGCCCAUGACUCAUCUCCACCACAAAAUUCCAAUCUAGCUCCUGAGCCCACUGAGCACACUUUGCCUAUUAGUCCAAUGAGUCCCACUCCUUCCACGCCUCCUUCUGCAGAUCUUCCUCUUCUAGCACCAAAUCCUCUUGCAAUCCAAUCCUCUCUUCCGCCUACUGCACCGCCUUCACCAGCACCACCCGUUCAACCCACUCACCAGUUUGAACGUCACAAGGUUCCGAAUGUGCGCCUCCAAGACUAUGUUUGCUCUCAUGUCACGCUACCCAAAGAUGCCCAAUCAGAGUCUUUGUCUUCACAUCGCACCUCAAGUACUCGUUAUCCCUUGAGCAACUUUAUUUCUUAUCACCGAUAUACACCAGCACAUCUUGCUUUCAUUACUCACCUCAGUCACAGUGUGGAGCCACGUUCCUUCUCUGAGGCCAAUUCUGAUCCUAACUGGCAGCAAGCCAUGAGCUCUGAACUUCAAGCUUCAGAGUCCAAUCAUACAUGGACUCUUACUCCUCUUCCUCCUGCCAAGAUGGUUACUAUCCGCAGCCUUCUUGCACUUGCCGCUGCUUCCUCUUGGCCUCUUCAUCAACUUGAUGUCCAUAAUGCCUCCCUUCAUGGGGAUCUCCAUGAAGAGAUUUAUAUGACACCAUCGCCUAGUCUUCAGUGAUAGGGGGAGAAUCUGGUAUGUCGCCUCCACAAGUCUUUAUAUGGCCUAAAGCAAGCUUCUCGUCAGUGGUUUGCAAAAUUUUCUGAAGCUAUUCAAGCUAUCGGUUUUACUCGGUCCAAAGCAUACUAUUCCUUAUUCAUGUGCAAAAGAGGAAAGUCAUUCAUUGCUCUCUUGAUUUAUGUUGACGAUAUAUUGAUCACAUGAAAUAACUUGGGUGCCAUUAAUUCUCUUAAACGUUUUCUUCAUAGCCGCUUCUGCAUUAAGGAUCUCGGUGACCUUAAAUUCUUUUUGGGUAUUGAAGUUUCGCGUUCAAAGAAAGGUAUUAGCAUCUCUCAGAGGAAAUACACCAUUGACAUCCUUAAAAAUAAUGGUUUUCUUGGGGUACGACCUGUCUUGUCUUAUUUCCCAUGGAACAAAAUUUGAAAUUAUCUGACACAAGUGAAUUGCUUAAAGAUCCAGCCAAGUAUAGAAGGUUAGUAGGUCGUUUGAUUUACUUGACCAUCACGAGACCAAACAUUACAUAUGCAGUGCAUGUGCUCAGUAGAUUUAUGCAUGAGCCACGUAAACCUCAUAUGGAGGUGGCGUUGCACAUCUUGAAGUACCUCAAAAACACUCUAGGACAAGGUUUAUUUUUUCUAGCUCAAAAUGACUUGAAAUUGCGAGCUUAUUGUGAUUCUGACUGGGGAGGUUGUCCAACCACCAGAAGAUCUACCACUGGAUAUUGUGUUUUUCUUGGAAACUCCUUGAUUUCUUGGAGAUCAAAGAGACAAAACUGUUUCACUUUCUUCAGCAGAAGCAGAAUACAGAGCUAUGACUAGUGCUUGUUGUGAACUAACUUGGUUGCGUAGUUUGUUAUGAGAUCUUCAAUUGCCACAUCGGAAGGCAGCGAUUACUUCAUUGCGACAACCAAGCUGCGUUACAUAUAACAGCAAAUCCUGUUUUCCAUGAGCGAACACGACACAUUGAAAUGGAUUGUCAUUUUAUCAUAGACGGAUUGUAUAAUAGAAUAGGAAUGUUAUAUUAUUUGAUUUCCUGUAUAUAUUCUUUCCUAGCUAAACCAACGGAAUGUUUUAUAUAAACAUACAUCAACGAUCAAUGAGAAUUCCUUCUGGUCAAAUAUCUUUUCAUACCAA